ACCACCCAACUCAAGCCAUUAACUGCCAAAAUGCCUUCAAUUGACAAUUCUUUCCUUAUGAACCAUACUUGUCUCCGUAUCAAGGACCCAAAGGUUACAAUUCCGUUUUAUACUGAAGGCUUGGGAUUCAAAUUGAUCAAAACUUUCCCAUUUGAAACAUUCACGUUAUACAUGUUGAAUUAUGAAAAUGAAUCAAACAAAGACUUAAACUGGUCUGCCAGAGAAGGUGUCUUGGAAUUGUGUCAUAAUCAUGGAGUUGAAAAUGACCCCGAUUACAAACUCAAUCACGGUAAUGGUACUGAAUUUAGAGGAUUUGGUCAUAUUUGUGUUACUGUAGACAACAUUGAAGUUGUUCAAGAAAAAUUAUUGGCCAAGGGAGUCAAGUUCCAAAAGAAAUUGUCUGAUGGUAGACAAAAGAAUAUUGCAUUUGCCUUGGAUCCAAAUGGAUACUGGAUUGAAUUGGUUGAAAAUGGUAUCAACAAAGUUGAAGCCAAGACAGAUAGUGCCAAUUAUAGAUUCAACCAUUCCAUGAUUAGAGUCAAAGAUCCAAAGAAGUCGUUGGAUUUCUACAAGAACGUUUUGGGAUUCAAGAUUAUUUCUAAAAAGGACUUUCCAGAAGCCAAGUUCACCCUUUACUUCUUGGGUUAUGACCACGAUCCAGAAUUCAAAGAAGAUUCUCAACAAGGUAAUGAACAAAUGAAGAGACUGUCACUUAUUGAAUUGACCCACAAUUGGGGAACCGAAUCCGACCCAGAUUUCAAAGGUUACCACAAUGGUAAUAGUACUGAAAAUGGAGCAAUUCAAGGAUAUGGUCAUACUUGUGUUAGUUGCAAAGAUCCUGCUAAAUUCUGCGCGGAAAUUGAACAAGAACUCGGUGAUAAGGCUGAUUGGUCUUUGAAAUGGGAUCAAGGUAACAUUAAAAAGAUUGCCUUUAUCAGAGAUCCAGAUGGAUAUUCUGUCGAGAUUUUAGGUCACGAUUUAUUCGCUAAUCAACCAAAUCUUUAAGUACUAUCGUAUGUACAUAUGUACCUAGACUAAAAAAUAAUUAGUCAUCAUUGCCACGGACAAACCCCAUAGGGGGAAAUCUCUGUUGCCUCUCUUUUUUUUCCCCCUUGCGAGCAAUAGUGUGUGGAUUACAAACACAAUAUAAAUAGAUUUCUCUUUUCUCUUGUUUUCAAUUGCGUUAAACUUG